AUGGCGGCGGCAGCGCCACCCGCCCCACACAACAGGCGGGAGCCAGACCGGGCGGAAGUGUGUUUAGACGGAAGUGCGUCCGUCCCGAAUUGGGUCCCCCGCGGGCGGAUGCGCAGGGCCUGGCGGCGGGGAGCGAUGGAGGCCGGCGGGCACGGGCAGGAGGCCGAGGCGGGCGGCCAUGGCGGCCACAAGAAGAAGCACAAGAAGCACAAGAAAAAGCACAAGAAACGGCACCACCACGAGGCCGGGCCGGCCCCGGGGCCCGAACCGCCUCGGCAGCCACGGCUGCGGCUCCGGAUUAAGCUGGGAGGGCAAAUCCUGGGCACCAAGAGUGUCCCCACGUUCACGGUGGUCCCCGAAGGGACGCACUCGCCGUCCCCGCUGCUGGCGGGGGAUGAGGAGGAGCCCAGCGUGCCCAUCGAGCAGUACCGGGCAUGGCUGGAUGAGGACAGCAACCUGGCCCCUUCCCCACUGCCUGAGCUGGACCCUGAGAGCUGCUUCCCUGCCCGUGAGGAGGGCGAGGAGGAGGAGGAGGAAGAGGAGGAGGAAGAGGAGGAGGAGGAGCGGCGCUGGCUGGCGGCCCUGGAGAGGGGGGAGCUGGAUGACAACGGGGACAUCAAGAGGGAGGUGGACGAGUCCCUCCUGACGGCCCGGCAGCGCGCGUUGCUGCACAAGCAGCAGAGCCAGCCCCUGCUGCAGCUGCCCAUGGGCGCCAAGGCCAAGGAGGUGACGGAGGAGAUGCGGGAGAAGCGCGAGGAGCGGGCGCGGCGCCGGCGGCUGCAGGCGGCCCGCAAGGCCGAGGAGAGCAAGAACCAGACCAUCGAGCGCCUGACGCGCACGCACAAGGCCAAGGUGCGGGCCCUGCGCGAGCGCCGCGCCCGCCCCGCCCCGUGCCCCGUGGUUCAUUACCGCAGCGCCGCCGACGGCGUCACCGUCUCCUUCCCCGCCGGCUUCCCGGCGCCCGCGGCCGCCGCCGCGCCGCCCGCACCGCCCGCCCAGCCCUGCGCCGUGCGCUGCGGCAACGCCAAGCGCUACAGCUGCGCCCAAACCGGGCGGCUCUGCAGCCUGGGCUGCUACCGGCGCAACCUGCAGCUGCUGCAGAGCGCGGGCUGA